GUGCUUCCUGUGCCUGCGCUGGCGGGGACCGGGAAGUCUCGCUUGCGGGGACCGGCUCUGGGGCGGUGGCGGUAGGCACAGGCCCCAGGCGUUCUGUGACACCCUGCCGGCUUCCCUUCGUUCUCCCCCGGCUGGCGGCGACCUGCCACAGCUGCAGCGGGCCCGGGGCGUGCGGCCUGGAUUUUUCCUGACACCUUGAACAUGAGCCCUACACAGUGGGACUUCCCUGUGGAAUUAUGUUGUCGGCCUAUGGCUUUUGUUACCCUCACGGGCCUGGAUGUAGUUUAUAAUGCUGUUCAUCGAGCUGUCUGGGAUGCUUUCUGUGCCAAUCGGAGGGCUGAUCGGGUACCAAUUUCUUUUAAGGUGCUCCCAGGUGACCAUGAGUAUCCCAAAUGUAGACCUAAGAGAACUUCCUAUGAAUGGUACAUUCCUAAGGGGAUCUUAAAGACUGGCUGGAUGAAUAAACAUCUGAAUCUGGUGCCGGCCCUGGUGGUUGUGUUCUAUGAACUGGACUGGGAUGAGCCCCAGUGGAAAGAAAAGCAGUCCGAGUGCGCUACCAGAGUGGAAAUCGUCAGGCAAAGUUUACAAGGGAGAAACACAAAAGUUGCAGUGGUUCUGAUUCAGAAGAAAACCCCUUUGCCCCCAGGAGAAGAUGUCACUGCGUCAGAAAGGGCCGCAGCUUUGUGUAACGCGUGUGAACUCUCAGGAAAGUCUUUGUUUGUACUGCCCCACACUGACCACCUGGUGGGUUAUAUUAUAAGAUUAGAAAAUGCCUUUUAUGAACACGCACAGACUUAUUACUACACGGAGAUCAGAAGAGUGAAAUCUCAUAAAGAAUUUUUGAAUAAAACAACACACCAGCUUUUAUUUGUUAGACAUCAGUUCAAAAUAGCUUUCUUCAGUGAAUUGAAACAAGAUACACAAAAUGCUCUGAAGAAUUAUAGGACCGCCUAUAAUCUUGUACAUGAAUUGCGAGCCCAUGAAACUAAUAUUCUGGAAAUAAAGACUAUGGCAGGAUUUAUAAACUACAAGAUCUGUAGGCUCUGUUUUCAGCACAACACCCCAUUGGAUGCAAUUGCUCAGUUCCGAAAACACAUUGACUUGUGUAAGAAAAAAAUCGGAAGUGCGGAGUUGUCUUUUGAGCAUGCUGCAUGGAUGUCUAAACAAUUCCAGGCCUUUGGAGAUUUAUUUGAUGAAGCUAUUAAGUUAGGGUUGACAGCUAUUCAAACUCAGAAUCCUGGUUUCUAUUACCAGCAGGCAGCAUACUAUGCCCAGGAACGGAAACAGCUUGCAAAAACCCUCUGUAACCAUGAAGCUUCUGUAACGUAUCCUAAUCCUGAUCCGUUAGAAACACAAACAGGCGUUCUUGACUUUUAUGGACAGAGAUCAUGGCGACAAGGAAUACUAAGUUUUGAUCUUUCUGAUCCUGAAAAAGAGAAGUUGGGAAUUCUUGCCAUUCAGCUGAAGGAGAGAAGUGUUGUUCACUCUGAAAUAAUAAUAACUCUUCUGAGCAAUGCUGUUGCACAAUUUAAGAAGUAUAAAUGUCCAAGAAUGAAAAGUCAUCUAAUGGUUCAAAUGGGAGAAGAGUAUUAUUAUGCAAAGGAUUAUACCAAAGCUUUGAAGUUGCUGGAUUACGUGAUGUGUGAUUAUCGGAGUGAAGGAUGGUGGACCCUGCUCACGUCUAUAUUGACCACAGCUCUGAAGUGCUCCUACCUCAUGGCCCAAUUAAAAGAUUACAUUACUUACUCCCUAGAACUCCUUGGAAGAGCUUCAACUCUGAAAGAUGACCAGAAAUCUCGGAUCGAAAAGAACCUCAUAAAUGUUCUGAUGAAUGAGAGUCCUGAUCCGGAACCCGACUGUGAUGUCUUAGCUGUGAAAACGGCUCAGAAGCUGUGGUCAGACCGCGUCUCCCUGGCCGGCAGCAAUGUCUUCACGAUAGGGGUGCAGGACUUCGUGCCGUUCGUACAAUGCAAAGCCAAGUUUCAUGCCCCGAGUUUUCAUGUUGAUGUUCCUGUGCGGUUUGAUAUCUAUCUGAAGGCUGACUGUCCACAUCCCAUUCGGUUUUCCAAGCUUUGUGUCAGCUUUAAUAAUCAGGAAUAUAACCAGUUCUGUGUAAUCGAAGAAGCAACCAAAGCAAGUGAAGUUUUGGAAAAUUUGACUCAGGGAAAGAUGUGCUUAGUUCCCGGUAAAACAAGGAAGUUUUUAUUUAAAUUUGUUGCAAAAACUGAAGACGUGGGAAAGAAAAUUGAGAUUACUUCGGUAGAUCUGGUUCUGGGCCUCGAGACGGGAAGAUGUGUGGUUUUGAAUUGGCAAGGAGGAGGAGGGGACGCCGCUUCCUCCCAAGAAGCCUUGCAGGCCUCACGUUCUUUCAAAAGACGGCCUAAGCUCCCCGACAAUGAGCUUCACUGGGACAGCAUAGUCAUUCAGGCAAGCACAAUGAUCAUCUCCAGAGUUCCAAACAUUUCUGUCCAUCUGCGACAUGACCCUCCUGCCCUGACUAAUGAAAUGUAUUGUUUGGUUGUGACCGUUGAGUCCCACGAGAAGACCCAAAUCAGAGACGUGAAGCUCACUGCUGGUUUAAAACCUGGACAGGAUGCCAAUUUAACUCAGAAAACACAUGUGUCUCUUCAUGGAACAGAACUGUGUGAUGAGUCCUACCCGGCUUUACUCACCGACAUUCCUGUGGGAGACUUACAUCCGGGGGAACAGCUAGAAAAAAUGUUGUACGUUCGCUGUGGAACAGUUGGUUCAAGAAUGUUUCUCGUGUAUGUUUCUUACCUGAUCAAUACAACUAUUGAAGACAAAGAAAUUGUUUGCAAGUGUCACAAGGAUGAAACUGUAACUAUAGAAACUGUCUUUCCAUUUGAUGUCGCGGUUAAAUUUGUCUCUACAAAGUUUGAGCACCUGGAAAGGGUCUAUGCGGACAUCCCCUUUCUAUUGAUGACGGACCUUUUAAGUGCCUCACCUUGGGCCCUCACUGUUGUAUCCAGUGAGCUCCAGCUUGCUCCUUCUAUGACCCCGGUGGAUCAGCUGGAGUCCCAAGUGGACAAAGUUGUCUUACAGACUGGAGAGAGUGCUAGUGAAUGCUUUUGUCUUCGGUGCCCAUCUGUUGGAAAUGUUGAAGGUGGAGUAGCAACUGGGCAUUAUAUUAUCUCCUGGAAGAGGACCUCAGCCAUGGGAAACGUCCCCGUCAUCAGUACUGUCAUCACUCUGCCACACGUGAUCGUAGAAAACAUUCCUCUCCACGUGAAUGCAGAUCUGCCAUCAUUUGGGCGUGUCCGAGAAUCCUUACCUGUCAGGUAUCACCUACAGAAUAAGACUGACUUAGUUCAAGAUGUGGAGGUUUCUGUGGAGCCCAGUGAUGCCUUCAUGUUCUCAGGUCUUAAACAGAUUCGAUUACGGAUCCUCCCUGGCACCGAACAGGAAAUGUUGUAUAAUUUCUACCCUCUGAUGGCCGGAUACCAGCAGCUGCCGUCUGUCAACGUCACCCUGCUCAGAUUUCCUCACUUCACAAAUCAGCUGCUCCGACGUUUCAUACCUACCAGUAUUUUUGUAAAGGUAGGGCUUAGAAAUUGCCUGCUUUUUAAAUCUCCGGUCUUGAAAACAAACCAGAGGGGUUUCUUUCACGUAAGCUUCACUAAGCAAUAUUUCGAGACCGAUAGUUUUGGGUUUUAUGAUACGAAUUUGGCAGUAUUGCUCUUCAUUUCUGUGAAGUUGCUAUUAUUUUACAGAAUCUAAUUUCAGAGGUUUUUAUUCCCUUAGGUAGAUAAUGAUUUACCUUUGUGGGUUCCUUAGAUGUACGUGUUUUUUUCUUUGGCUUAGUAAAGUAUGUUUUUACAUUGUAGUUAGCUUGUAACUAGUUUUUAGUCAAAAUGGGUCAACUUUCUUUUUUUUUUUUAAGAUCUUAUUUAUUUAUUUGACAGACAGCCAGCGAGAGAGGGAACACAGGCAGGGAGAGUAGGAGAGGAAGAAGCAGGCUCCCAGCGGAGGACCCUGAUGUGGGGCUCGAUCCCAGAACGCUGGGAUCACACCCUGCACCGAAGGCAGACGCUUAAUGACUGUGUCACCCAGGUGCCCCGCCCCAUGGAUCAACUUUCUAAACAUGAUCCUUGAACGUUCCUAAUUCUCUGUGUAAUACCGGACUGGGGCCUUUUCUGAAAAGGAUCCUGUGUCGGAGACUGUCCUCAGGUUGACCGUUUUGAUGUUUUACACGGGGACCACGGCCAGGUUCCUGGAAUAAAGGAAUGUGUAGGAUGGUCAUAGUCAGUGUGGGAGAGAGUGAAUCGUGACGUGCGGGAGGUUCAUUGAGCACAGCGCUCACUUCCGCUGAAGCCGUUCUCGCUGCCUAAAAUUAGGGCUUGCCUCCAGGUAGUUGUGGGUUCCUCAGUAACUCAGCUGUACGUGGAUGCAUAUGCAUCCUGUGUGCCGUCCUCUGUGGUAAGUUCAUACUCACUUUCUAAAUGACACGUCACAUUGCUCGCUCUUGCCUUUUGUAUCUGAUUCAAGUGUGGAGGAACUGUCGCUUCUUUACAUAAUCUGGGACGGGGUAAGUGAUAAAUUAGUCUGUGUUAAUGCAUCCUUUAUAAUCUUCCUAGCUUUUAUCUUUCCAUCUGCAAAAAAAUAAUUUUUUAACGUUUCCAGGCACCGUACUUUUAAAGUGUAAAGGAAAAAUCUCAUACUUCUAGAUCUCUUGCACUUAAACAGUGGCUUUUUUAAAAGACUUAAUUUUUUUAAAGCAGUUUUAAGUUCAUAGUGAAAUUGAGAGGAAGGUACAGAGAUGUCCUGUAUGCCCCUCGCCUGCCCCCCUAACAGCAGUUUAUUUUUAUUUUUUAAUUAAAAAAAUUUUUUUAAAGAUUUUAUUUAUGUAUUAGAGAGAGAAUGCGUGUGUGUGCACGAGCAGGGGUGGGGGGAGCGGCAGGCAGAGGGAGAGGGAGAAGUCUGGCUUCUUCCCAGGACCCUGGGAUCAUGACCUGAGCCGAAGGCAGAUGCUUAACCCACUGAGCCACCCAGGCGUCUCAGCAGUGGGUUUUUAACCAUUUCCACCUGUUCACACUUACAGGCUAUGUCUGUUGCUGUUCCUUCUGUCAUGUCUGAGGUCACCCUGCAGGGGAAAAGUCUCAUGACUGGGGCAGGGAGCAGCGGCGGCGCGGGGACCUGCUGAAGUGUGCUAGUACAGCUUUAGUUAGCGUGAGAGUGGCGUCAGCAUAGAGUGAGCUGUACUAACAUAGCCUGUUGGAGAUGUGAGAGUUGAUCAUUUUGAGGAAUCAGGAUUUCAGGUCCGCCGAUGAAUCUCUUUCAUUCCUUUCCCUGUACACCCAGCCUAAUCCCAGCUCCUGCUAGUUCAGUCUUCUGGUGUUCUUCCACAGGACACCUCUUCUGGAUAGUGCUUCAAUCCAUAAGGAAGGGUUCCAGAAAAAUAAACAUUUGUAAGUUUUAGCAGAACUAGCAUGCCGUUUUCUAACUGCCAUGCUCUUUUUUUUAAAUACAAGUACUACCUUCUGGUAACUUGACUGCUGUCUAAAAAGUUGGCUGGGAUCCUCAGAGCCAGCUCCUUUAUCAGUUGGGAAAUCUCAGAGUGACAGUUGUUUUACCUGUCACGCUAAGGACAGUGACUGAGGAGUAUCCUUUUCCCGCUUAGUGAACAGUCUUACAGCUCAUGUUGGCCAUCCCUUCACACCUUUACUAAACUCUAGAACUGUGCUAUUCCAGUAUGAUAGCCACUAGCCACGUGUGCCCUACCGAGAUGUAAAUUAAAAUUAAUUAAAAUUUAAUUUAAUUUAAAAAUUAGUUAGUUGCGCUAGCUGCACUCGAAGUGCCCAGUACAUCAAUGUGACAGGUGGCUAUCCUGCUGGACAGCACUGACUAGAGCUUGAAAGUUCUCUUGGACAGUGCUCCCCUAGUUUAAGGCUAGAGCAAUAUUUUCCUUCCUUUGAAAUAUUUUUCUUCCUUCCUUUCUCCUUUGAAAAGUAGAUUCCAGUUUUCUAUUUGCAUGAUGUUCUUAUCUUCUGUUCAUGUUUGUAAAGCUGUGUUGGUAAGGAUUUAACAGGUUGAGCCAUUAUUCCGUUUGUUCUUUCUUUUUUCUUUUUUUAAGAUUUUAUUUUAUUUGAGAGAGAGAGCACAAGCACAGGGAGCGGCAGGGAGAAGGAGAAGCAGGCUCCACGCAGAGCAGGGAGCCCGAUGUGGGGCUUGAUACCAGGACCCCGGGAUCAUAUCCUGAGCCAAAGGCAGACAGUUAACAACGGAGCCAUCCAGGCACCCCCAGUAUUCCGUUUCUAAAACUGAACAUCCUCUAUCAGUACUAAAGAUUAUGUGAAGUAUAAGAGACCAGGCACCUGUUCUUAAAUUCAUUCCAUUCCUGCCUUGAAUGUCAGAGGCCUAACUUGCACUCACAUACACAUUACACUCACAGGUGCAUGAAACACACGGCAACGAAACGCUCCCUUCCCUGCCUCAGGGAGCCCCUCCACCAACCAUUCUGUUUCAAGCCUAGACCGUGGCUUUUGGUGAUGAUGUUGUAACACCGUCCUGUUCCGUGUCCUGAAUACCGUCUCAUGCUCUUCCCACAGAGGUCUGCUAUGUGCAUCCGCUCAGUAAGAUUAUUUGCGAGAGAGUGAUUUUUUUCAGUUCCUUGAUCUGCCUGAGGUAUUGCUAACCUGCCAGAAGUUUUACCCCUAAGAACAGUUAUGAUCCUUUUAUUCAUUCUUAGCCUUUGCUCGUCUGAUAUGACGAUUUAAGUUUUCUUCAGUGACCUUGGGGAAAGGGAAGUUUUUGUUUUUAUCUGCUGCUUCUGUCCUUGUAGUAUUCAUUGUUAGAUACUUUAGUUCAUUGUGAAUUGCUUUUUCUUACAAACAGGAGAUUGGGAGACCUUGAUUCUCCAAGGAAACUUGUCUAUCAGCUCAGUUUGUGGCCUUCUUGAAGCCUAGGAUGCAGGAGGGCCCUGAGCAAGAGAGAAAAUAAAACUACCCCUUAAGCAGGAAUGGCAGAUGGGUUCCCAGUCACGUUCCCGGUGAGAGAUCCGUAGCCGCUAGGACACAGGGUGAAGACAACUGGUGACUGAGGCGGAUUCAGCCGGUGGAGGUGGACGGUUGGCUGGCGAUGUCGGUGUCUGGUGGCAGAGGGAACGGGGGCAGCACCUUGCCCCUGCAGCUUGCCCUCCCCAGGUUCAAGUGAAGCGAGAAGGUGGGGUGAGGGAAGGAGAGA